GCAGCUGCGGACACUGAGCACCGCUGCAGCCGCUGCUGCUGCCAAACGCUCACUCAGACCUGCUUCCUUCUAUCUGAAAAUACACAACUGAACUGUUCCGAGAAGGUAGUGGAACCAAUGAACACAAACGCUGCGUCAUGACGCAAGAUGGCCCGUAGAUAAGGAGCGGAGGGUCCAACCGGGACCUUAAACGGAGGACCGGAGUUGUGGGUUCAGCGGACAGUCAGUGAGCGUGAAGCCAACUCCUCCUCCCCAUCCUGUUUCUCCUCCUCCGCUGCCGUUACGCACAACGCAUCUUCAGGCAUAAGCCCACAAGAACUAAACAGGCUGCUGUGCAACGGAAAGUGCUGCCCAAAGACAUCAUACGGGACAAUAACGCAAAGGCCGCGUCUUUUUAACUAUUAUUUUUUUCAGUUUAACUUACACUACAGGAGGAGAAUAAUUCAUCUCAAACUUUUUUAUUGUUAUAAUUUUUUUUUUCUUCUUGCGAUAUAGUUGCAGAGAACAAUCUGCUAGUGCCCUUUCACAGAGCCGACAUCCUAUAAAAUUUCUCUCAUCAAGGCGCAGGCUGUGAGCCCUGCAACUGGACGUUCAAUAGUUGGUAUGUUAACUGACGGAUAUGAUUCACCAAUGGAUAAGAUCAUCUAGAAAAGGAAAAUUGUGAAAGCAAAAAAAAAAGCAACAAAAAAACAAAAACAGAAAAAAACACCCUUCUACUGAGAGAAAAUUUGUGAUAAAAAAUGAAUUAGAGCUUAUUAAUAAUGAGAACUGCAGAGAUUCGGAUGAUGGUUGCCAUUGGCAGAUGAGACGUAGUGAGGAGAACACGUAUUCAUUUUUUUCUUCAUUCAUUUUUUUUUUUUUUUUUUCCUGAACUGGAUUUUUAACUUGUCAUCGGCAGCGAGGAAAAGCCCGAAAACUGAGCGUCGCCUCUGCGUUCCGGCGCAGGCUCUGUGCCUCUGAUGGACAUCUUGGCUUGCAGAUCCGAAGAGAACAGUUACAACAUCCUCCCUUCUGCAGCAACGAUGCUUUUCCAUGGCCUCCCCGGAGGCGAUGUCCACGGUGUGGUGGAAGAAAUGGAGCGAAGAGGAAAGGGCGAGUCGGCGGCCAUCAGCUCGGCCAUCGACAUGGGAGAAUCCGAAACGGCCAUGCCCUGCGUGACCAGCGAACGCGUGGCUCUGUGCGCGGGCUGCGGCAGGAAGAUUGCGGACCGUUACUACCUUCUGGCCGUGGACAAGCAGUGGCACAUGCGCUGCCUCAAAUGCUGUGAAUGCAAGCUCAACCUGGAGUCCGAACUCACCUGCUUCAGCAAGGACGGCAGCAUAUACUGCAAAGAAGACUACUAUAGAUUUUCAGUGCAGAGGUGCGCGCGCUGCCACCUGGGCAUUUCGGCCUCGGAGAUGGUGAUGCGCGCGAGAGACCUGGUCUAUCACCUGAACUGCUUCACCUGCACCACCUGCAGCAAGAUGCUGACCACCGGGGACCACUUCGGCAUGAAGGACAGCCUGGUGUACUGCCGCCUGCACUUUGAGACUCUGAUACAAGGAGAAUACCAGACUCACUUUAACCACGCGGACAUUGUAGCGCACAAGGGCCUUGGGCCGGCCAAUGCGCUGGGACUAUCCUACUUUAACGGAGUGGGCACUGUGCAAAAGGGCAGGCCCAGAAAGAGGAAGAGUCCGGGGCCUGGGGCCGAGCUAGCUGCUUACAAUGCGGCUUUAAGCUGCAACGAGAACGACGCUGAGUCUAUAGACCGCGACUCUCAAUACAGCUCCAGUCAGAAGACCAAGCGGAUGCGAACAUCCUUUAAGCACCAUCAGCUGCGGACCAUGAAGUCCUACUUUGCUAUUAACCACAAUCCAGAUGCCAAGGACCUAAAGCAGCUUGCCCAGAAGACAGGCCUCACCAAGCGGGUUUUACAGGUCUGGUUCCAAAAUGCUCGGGCCAAGUUCAGGAGGAACCUGUUGCGGCAGGAGAGCACUGGAGUGGACAAGGCAUCAGACGGCUCCACGUUACAAGGGGGGACGCCCUCAGGUCCGGCAUCUGAAAUCUCCAAUGCCUCCAUGAGCCCAUCUAGUACCCCCACCACACUUACAGACUUGACCAACCCCACCAUGCCUACUGUCACUUCUGUACUCACAUCGGUGCCGGGUGGUAUGGAUGUACAUGAGUGCCGGAGUCCAUCACAGACAACGCUGACCAGCCUCUUCUGAUGGUCAGAGCACUAGCCCCUAACACCAUCCUCACCUCUCCCUUACACACAGACUGUUACUACAAUCUACACUCUUUCUGGAUCUCAAACGGAGCACUGUUAACACCUUAGAACUUUAAAAUAAGUAGAAACAUGAAGGAAACAAAAACACUUUAUUAGAAACUGUCUGCUUAGUGAGGCAGCUGAGCCCCACGGAUGGAAUGGUUGUUGUUAUUUUGAUGUUGUCUUGUUGAGUACUGAGAAGAACUGAUUAAAAUUGUUACUUAUUCACAGGGAAAGAUUGCUGAUGAAAAAGUAAUUUUUUUUUUUAUUUUGGGGGAAGUUUGUUUUUUUCAAAACAGUAUUUAUGUUGUUGUAAAAGAGUCACUGUUAGGACUGUAAAUUCUUUUUUUCAUUUGUGGGAAAUCUGAGAUUAAAAUUCAGUUUCAAAUAUCUGAUGACUACCAUGUGCCUCUAACUCCCAUCUGCUUAGUGGUAAUCGUUUGAAGUUGAUUUACUACGAUUUAUUCAGUAGAAACACUGGACAAGUUGCAUGAACUACAGUAUCUGCUACUCAUUUUCAAUUUGUGCAUCUUUGUGAGCUCCCUGUAUUUAACAUUUCUUAACAUCAAUCUAUAAAUACUGCUUUAAUUUGAAGAGAAAUAAGAUGGAAAAUGGGUUUAAAAUUAUAAAUUUAAUUUAUAUUUAGGAAGUAAUGUUCCAGCUUCAUCUUUCUAUGCAUCUGUCCUGCUGCUGUGGCAAAGUUUGUUCCCAAAUUAAUCAAGCUUUUAAUACAAUUAAUAUUAGAAAAAAACAUUUUUAAAAAGGUAUUUAUUUUAAGAUCGUUGUAAACUACUGUAAGCUCUGGGUUUCUAAUGGCCAUUAUUCUUCUAGCAGGUAAAAUUACCCAAAAAUGGCUUCAUGACAGACAGCCGAUACAUUGCUGUGGAAAUUGUUAUUUUGAAAAUAGUAACCUGUUUAUGGCGCAUAUAUUCAACCUAUCUGUUGGAGGAUCUUGAGUCAGCACUUGAAAAUGUGAUAUUAUGACAGUUACAGGCAUGUGCGAUUGUUAAGGUGUGAUUAUCUAAGUUCAGCAUUUCCCCUAUCAUUAUCCAAAGGGGGUUGAUCUGCCCCACAAAAGAUGCUGUCUGCCCCAGUGCCAGAAAAUUACAAUAUGUAGGAAAUGUAUGGGUUCAUGGUUAAAGUUUCAUACAUUCAUUAACCUCUGUAACUAAUGCCAGAUCACAUUAUAUUCUAUUUCUGUCCCUACACUCAUCUAAUUUCAGUGUUGUUUCCUGAAGCACUAAAUGUGAGCAUCGACUAAAACACCCAUGCUUCAUACCCAUGCACCAAGUAGUCAAGGAGUAGAAACUUUGAAGACAGGGUUGGAAUGGCCUUAUGGAGGUUUGAAAGGAUUCCCAAAAUGCGGAUGUUUCAAGCCGAACCCACCGAUGGUCUAAGUAUUUGUUCUACCUAUCUAAUGCAGCUGAUAAGUAUCUGUGCUGAUAAGUAUCCACCCAAUGGCUAUAGUCAGCUUGGUGCAACAUCAGACACUUUUCAUAUCAAGAGAAAAUAUGUGCAGCCCCCUCCAGUACGUAAGAUGAAGGAAAGGACACAGCAAUUGCCCAAAUUAGCAAACAAGCUAAACGAAAAAGAGAUUAGAGGAGCUGAGAAGAUCAAUUAGAAACAACUGCAAUUUCUCUUCUUUUUUAUCUUUGGCAACACCCUGGCAACCCUUGUCACAGACAACUCUUCACAGUAGCAGUGCAUAAACACAAACGUAGGCUCGCCCUUCGCCUGUAGGAGCUUAGUUGAUCAUCAAAACAGCCAGCAUUUGCCAAGAGUUUAAAACUGCUGUAACAUCCAAGGUGCUGAAGGAGAUCCUGUGUUAUCAAUUUUAGAAAAACAUGCUAAAGAGUUGUCUUGAGGUAAGUCCAAAGAUUUUUAAGAGCCCUUAUGCCAGCCAUGAAUACAUUGUUGGCUGGAAAGCUGAUUAGCUCUACAAAUCUGGCAUAGUGUGUUACAGAGCGAUGCUCUGAUGUUUGUGAGAAAUCUAAAAAGAUUAGUAACAGCAACAGGGAUAUAUUGAACAUUCUGCACUCCAAAAGCUACCAUUAUCUGAGAAACUAUUGCCAAUGUGCCACCAGGUCCAUUAUGGCUUUAUUCCCCUGUAGGUACAAAAUGACGUUUGCACACCCCCAAUACACACCCACACAAUGAGUCCUAUGCCCUGUUCAGCAAUUAAAGAAGAAGCUAGUGUUAUUGAAUAAACAACUAACACCAGGUAAAAAAAGCAGUAUUUGUUUUUUUCUAUUAUAUCUUUAUGCAUCAUAUUUUAAAGUUAUCAGUCUUAAUUCAAUUUAAAAAUGAACUAAUAACCCAAUGACCAAAAAUGCUUUUUGUGG